AUGCAUGUUACAAGAGGGCGAUUUGGGCAAGUGCACAGAUGUGAAGAGAAGUCAACAGGUCUCAAGCUGGCAGCCAAAAUUAUAAAAGCAAAAGGUCCGAAACAGAAGGAUGAAGUGAAAAAUGAAAUCAAUGUYAUGAACCAGCUGAAUCAUGUGAACCUCAUCCAGCUAUAUGAUGCCUUUGAAUCUAAAAAUGACAUUGUACUCGUCAUGGAAUAUGUGGAAGGAGGGGAGUUAUUUGACCGAAUUAUUGAUGAAAACUACAACUUGACAGAGAUGGAUACUAUCUCGUUCAUAAAACAGAUCUGCAAGGGAAUUCAGUACAUGCACCAAAUGUACAUUCUUCAUUUGGAUCUCAAGCCUGAGAAUAUCCUGUGCGUGAACCGAAAGGCAAAUCAAGUAAAAAUUAUUGAUUUUGGAUUGGCAAGAAGAUAUAAACCCAGGGAAAAACUUCGAGUUAAUUUUGGGACUCCAGAAUUUCUUGCUCCUGAAGUUGUGAAUUAUGAGUUUGUCUCUUUUCCUACGGACAUGUGGAGUUUAGGAGUCAUUGCUUAUAUGCUCCUCACUGGAUUGUCUCCUUUUUUGGGUGAUGAUGACAAUGAGACCCUCAACAAUAUCCUGGCCUGUAACUGGGAUUUUGAAGAUGAGGAAUUUCGAGAUGUUUCUGAUGAGGCUAAAGACUUCAUCUCAAAGCUUCUCAUCAAGGAAAAAUGGUAUAUAAWCCUGUAUCUUUGA